AUGGAAUCAUAUAGGUUCAAAAGAAGAGUUGACUAUCAUAAAUCAGCUAUUGCUUCCACCUCGCAUUUAGUUGGGUAUGAGCCAAUCUCAGAAAAAAAGAGCAUUGAAAGUCCGAAAUCUUUUUUCAGAAAUUUUAGCAGCUUAGAUACAAAUAUCCCAACGCCUAAUGUGAUGAGUCCUAAAGAAAUACUGUCACCUAAAAGGCAAUCUCCUAAACUGCCUAUAACUUCUCAAACAUUAGGAUACCUCAGCUAUAAAAAUGAUGCUCUAAAACUGGAAGUCGAAAAAGAAAAAUUCAAGCAUCAAUAUAAAGAAUAUGAAACCAAAUUAAAUGAAUACAUAACAACUAUAAAUCAGCUAAAAGAAGAUGUGAACAAGAAGGAUUCAUAAUAAUAAAAUGGCUCAGUGCGGAAUUAGUUCUCUCCGAGAACUAUUCCUUCCCUCGCUUUUAUUAUUAUGGGGUUCAGUUUUCCACGUGGCCUUUUAUCAGCAACACCAAUAUGGAAUACCGCAUAGGGUAUUUCUUUGGUCCAAGAUAUUAAGCUCCACCUGGGUUUGCUGCUUGACACACCCGAGGAGGGUGACCCUUAGGCGGAAACACGCGCAGGAGUCGAGUUCGGGCGAGGCAACGCUGCCGGUGCGGGAUUUCUGGCCCGUUGGGGAUGGCACUUUAUAGAAUGGCUUGGUCGGGCUAACCGGUCCAAGAUUGCUUGGUGACGUCACCGGUGGGAGUUAAAAGGAUGGGCUUAAGCGUGCCUAAAUCAUCCUGCUGAAGAAAUCAAAACACCUUAAAUACCUAAGUAAGUAAGUAAGAACAAGAAGGAUUCCAUUAUUGAGAAAUUAGGGAUUAUGGUUAAAGAAAGAGAAUUGCAAUUUAGAGCACUCUUUAAAGAAAAUAUUUCAGAAUUCGAAAAAGUCGUAAAAGAGAAAGACGAGAUUAUAGAAAAUCUUAAUAAGCAAGUAAAAGAAAUGGAAGAAGAAAGGAUGAAAAUUAAAGCAAUUGAAGAAGAGAAGCAUAAAAUAAAACAAAAAGAAAUAGAAGAAGAAAAAUCAAAGCUAAAACCUAAAGCAAGGCCACGAGAAAAUUCGAUUUCAAAGCCUCCUUUAAAUAAAUCUUUUGACCAAACUGCUAUAACUGAAAAGAUUGAAGAAAUUUCGAAGAAUAUUGAUAUAGAUAAAAUUGAUCAGUUUUUGGUUUCUCACGAUGAGAGUUUAAUUCUCGAUAUGACUCCUCGUAGUGCACAACAAUCUACAGAUAAUUAUGCUCACUGAGUAAAGCAAAUAGAAACUGAAAUAAAAAUUUUAACUGAUGAAAUUACUGAAAUUAAAAAAAUAAUCAAAGCAAUAAUAUCAAAUGACAAAUUAUCAAUAAAUUUAUUAUUAAGCACAAGCUCACAAAGCAUUUUAUCUGUAAAUUCACAAAAUAUUUUUAUUAAUCAAGCAAGAAGAGAAGUUUUUGAAAUUAAAUCUUUAAUAUCCGAUGGAUAUGCAGAGCAAAUUGGUACAAGCUGUCAGCUGCAAUAA